UGAAUAAUGCAGAUAGAGCCUAGCUUAAAGGCAAGCAACAAAACUACCCAUGAAGUGGAUUCUCCGACUAAAACUCUUCAGGGUUGGCAUGCAAAAGGAAAAUGUCCAGAAGGGACAGUCCCAAUACGAAGAGUUAGAAAGGUGGAUAUCCUGAGGGGAGCCUCAGUCGAAAGCUUCGGAAAGAAACAUCCAUCAUUCCAUAUUUCGCGGGAAAAUGAAGAACCUGCAGAUACUGUAUCUAAUGGGCAUGAGCACUCUGUAGUUGUGCAGAGUGGUGAUCGAUAUUACGGAGCGAAUGCUGACAUAAACUUGUGGAGUCCUCGUGUCAGACCCAAUGAUUUCAGUCUUUCGCAGAUAUGGAUUAUAUCAGACGAGAGCAUUCAGAACACAGCUGAAGUAGGAAUCAUGGUAUAUCCAAAGCUUUAUGGAGACUAUGAGAGUAGACUCUUUGUAUACUGGACGGCGGAUGAUUACAAGAGCACAGGUUGCUACAAUUUGAUCUGUUCAGGUUUUGUUCAAGUCAGCAACUCUAUCGCCUUAGGUACCGCAUUUUCCCCACCAUCUACUUAUGAAGGGGUUCAGUACAGCAUCACUAUCUUCAUUAUCAAGGAUCCAAAGAGCGGGCACUGGUGGUUAUCCGUUGGGGGUUAUUGGGUCGGGUACUGGCCUGACUCCCUCCUACCCGAUUUACGAAAUGGAGCGCUUUACGUAGAAUGGGGAGGCGAGGUCUAUAAUGAUGAUUACCAGCAAGGGAGCACGACUACAGAAAUGGGAAGUGGUCAUUUUGCUGAAGAAGGCGCAAUGAAAGCCGCGUUUUUCGAUAAUCUUCAAACUGCUGAUGUUAAUGGCAAAUUUCAAUAUCCUACGUCGCUGCGGGCUAUAGUUGAGAAACCCAAAUGCUAUAAUUUGGUUGCUGGAGACAAAUAUUUCUACUAUGGGGGCCCCGGAAAAUCGGCUGAAUGUCCCUAAAGACAACAUCCUCAGUUGAUAUAUAUAUGUAUAAGGUUUGCACUGUUAUGAAUGGGAACUAAGUGGGUUUGCUUGAUGUGUGUAAUAUGAAUAAGGAGGAGAGAGGACAUGCGUGUUCUUCUCUCUCUCUCUCUCUCUCUCUCUCUCUCUCUCUCUCUCUCUCUCUCUCUCUCUGUUUGUGUGCUUUGAAUAAUGAAAGAGGGGAAGUGUGUUGUA